CCUCUGGCCGGGCUGGACGCUCACAAGUGACCAGAGGGAAGAAGGCAGCGGGACAGCAGGCUGGACCAUGUCCACCUUGAGGAAUUUCCGCAGCCCCGGGCCCAGGGAUCCGCCUCGCCCCACCACCCUGCAGCUGAAGCCCACCAGGAGUGACAAUCCCUUUGAAGCCUCGGCCACCACAGAGGAGGAGGAGGAGGAAGAGGGGGAGAGGAGGGAGGGGGCCGGGGGGAGCCGGUCCAGCUCCUGGGAGGACCCCAGCCCCUCGCUGCCCAACGGAGGCAGCUACCGCCGUGCCACGCUGGAGAAGCUGGUGGGCCUGUCUCCCUUCCGGCUGGGCAAGAGUCCUUCGCGUAGGGGCAGCCCGGGCGAGGGCGAGCCUCGCUCCUUCCUAGACCGGGUGUUGGGCUCCGGACCAGGCCCUCGCCGCAGCUCCGAGGAUUUCAGCCUCCUGCAGAGGCUCAACGGGAGGCCGCCCAAAUGGAGCCUGGGCAGCCUGCUGGAGCCCGAGACCCCGACCCGCCUGCCCCUGCCCUUCCUCCGCCUGGGCCGCGGCCCCAAGCCCCGUCGCGCCUCCCUGGUGGAUCGUCUGCUGCCCGCGGCGCCGGCUCCGGCCCCCGCCUCGGCCCCCAAACCUCCGGAGCCCCCGCAGGCCAAGGAGCCAUUGUCUGUUCUGGAGAUCCUGGAGCUAAUCCAGCAGCGAGAGCUGGCCCGGGCCGACGAGCACAUCUUGGAACUGGAGGCCGAGGAGUUGGCAGCGGGCUCCGCGCCGGCCGGAGCGGGCAGGGCCGGGGGCCGGCGUGCACGGGAUGUGGCGUUGCUGUAUGAGGCUCUGCAGCGGGAGCUCUGGACCGUGGUGGCCGAGACCCUGGCGGCCCCCGGAGCGGCUGGGGGGCCCGGGGGACCCCUGGCUCAGCUCGGGCAGGUGCUGAAGCAGGAGGAGGCGGCUGACCGGCGGCGGGGACCUGGAGGCUCACGGGAGCUGCGGGCCCACUGGGCGGAGGCUGUGUGCCGGGUGGCGGGCGAGCGCCUGGCAGGGGCGGGGGCGGGGACGGAGUCGGGCGGGGGGCUGGCCAGCCGGCUGGAGGGCUUGCAACGCCGCCUGCUAGAGGACUUGGGCGCCGUGCGCUCCCGCCUGGCCCCCGCCUACCCGCCCUGCCUGGGCGCCUUCAGAGUCUAUCUCCGGGGCUACCACGGAGGCCUGGCGGCCUGGAUGAGGUCCACCGCUUGCCAGGGACUGCUGCUGCCCGACCGCCUCGCCCUGCUACACUGGCACAACCACGUGUACCCACGGGAGAUCUUGGGCAGGGCAGACCUGGCAGCCCUGGAGGGCACAGAUGAGCUGGGGCCCCUGCUGGCCCCCCCGACCCUGAGAAGGCUGGAGGAUGAAUGUGUCACCGAUGUCAAGGCCCAGACCCGGGCGGCGCUGCUGCAAACCCUGCAGGAGGAAGAGGAGCGCUGGGCGGCACCGGCCCGGCCCGAGGACGAGACCGGCAGCCUGGCCCGGACCGUGUGCGGGUUGCUGGAGGAGCACACGGAGCGAGCCCCCAGUGUCAGCCCCGAGUUCCAGGAGCGGGUGACCCUCUGCUGCCUGGGGGCCCUGGCCGAGUUCCUGCAGAGUUUCCAGCAGCGCGUGGAGCGUUUCCACGAGAAUCCCAGCACGCGGGACCUGCCGCCGGACAGUUACACGUGCAGGACCAUCACCCUGGUCAACUGCUGCCCCCCUGUUCGGGUGCUGGCAGAGCAGCUGGCCCGGGCAGGGCCGCUGGAGAGCGAAGCCAUGCGGGAGACGGCCGCCUCGGCGUUGGAGCGGGUGACCCGGCUGUGCCACCGCGUGCUGGCCGACAGGCUGUUCCUGGAGUUGCAGCCCCAUUUCAACAAGUUGAUGAAGCGGAAGUGGCUGAACAGCUCGGAGGCAUUUGACAGUAUCUUGGGGACACUGGGGGCCCAGGCCCUGACCCUGCGCCGCAUGCACAGUGAGCCCUAUCAGGUGCUGAUGUCGGAGCUGCACCGCCGCGUGCUGGUGGAGUACGUGCGCCGCCUGCUACGGGGCCGGCUCAGCUGCCGCUCCGCACGCUCCCGGGCCCGCGUGGCCGCCAAGCUGAGGGACGAAGCCACCCAGCUACAACGCCUCUUCCGACGCCUGGAGUCACAGGCCUCGUGGCUGGACGCGGUGGUCCCCCACCUGGCCGACGUCCUGCAGCUGGAGGACACGCCCAGCAUCCAGGUGGAGGUCGGAGGGCUGGUCCGAGAUUACCCCGACAUCAGGAGGAAGCACGUGGCGGCCCUGCUGGACGUGCGGGGCCUGCACGGCGCCGCCGCUCGACACGAGAUCCUGGCCGUGGCGCGGGACCUGGAACAGAGCGGGGGGCCGGGGGCGCCCCCCCGGGACCGCGCCUUCUUCGCCGACAUCCCUGUGCCCCGUCCGCCCCUGUGCCUCGGCCUGCACCUGGCCCGGCUCCCCAUGGCCCACCUCCCCGCGGCCCGCCUCCCACGCCUUAGGCUGCCCCCGAGGCCACGGGCCCAGCCGUGAGCCGGGCUCCGCUUGGCGUGGUCUGCCAGGCUGCCGUCCGCGCCGGGGACCACCGGGCCCCCGCUUCGCCCAGCACUUUACCUGCCGUGGCAGCCCCUGGCCAGCUGCCCCUUGCGCCCCGGCCCUUCGGUGCCCCCCCGCCCCGCUCCCCGGCCUGCAGGGCACUAUGAAGGGUCUGCACCGAGGUGAAUAAAGACGUUUAUUUAACAAGA